ACAAAUCCGAACCUUUCAACUCACUGUUCUACGGUCUUCUCGUUCCCUGACUCACAUCAUGAAACUCGCUGUGACGGGAUGCACGGGGGACGUUGGCAAACGCGUCGUGAUGGUCGCCCUGAAGCAGGGGCAUUCGGUCGUUGGCAUAGAUCACAUCGCUCCGAAGGACUUGCAAUUCACCACGGAUCUAAACUUCAAGUUCGUUCAGGCGGACCUCCGAGACUACGAUGAGACAUUGAAUGCGAUACGAGGAUGCGAUGGGGUUGUCCAAUUAGCGGGAGUGCGAUGGCCCGCAGACUAUGUGGCCACUACUCAUAACACGAAUGUAGCCAUAACGUGGAACGUUCUGCGAGCGGCAGCAGAGCUAGGGAUUAACAGGGUUGCUCAAGCCUCCUCCGUCAAUGUAAUCGCUCUCGUGUUCAGCGUGCAACCACGAUUCAAGUACUUUCCUAUCGAUGAGGAUCAUCCUGCUGAACCGGACGAGCCAUAUGGCUUGUCAAAAUUGAUUUGCGAAAUGCAGGCGGACACGAUCGUGCGGCGAUAUCCAUCAAUGCGUGUUGCCAGCAUUCGCUUACACUGGUCCGUCCCGACACGCGAGGCAGCAACGCGCGAUGAUCCCGCGAGAAGAGCCAAGGAUCUUUGGGGCUGGGUGCAAGAAGAUUCCGGCGCGGAGGCAUUCCUGCUCGCGGUAUUCGGGGAGAAUGGCAGGUGGUCGGGUCAUGAGAGGUUUUUCGUUGCGGCGCCCGACAUAGCAACAAACGAGGAGACAGUGGAGCUGAAGAAACAAUUUUGGCCGGAUGUUCCGAUUCGAGAUGGGCAUGAUCUGAGCGGGAGGAAGGGCUUCUUCGACUGCUCGAAAGCGGAGCGGCUGCUUGACUGGGUGCACAGGGUGCCAUGAGUGGAGGUUACGAUGGGUGAAGGAAUGUUUGCAGCUAUGACAUGGAUUACCUCUCGGAGUUGUUUCCUAGAAAUCUCUGCUCGGAAUAGAAUCUCAUCAUCCGUACACUUGCCAUCGAAAUAUUGAUUGAUCUUUUCAAAUCGUGUGGCUAUGU